AUGUCGACACUCUUUGGCGGCGCGUCGAGCUCGGCGGCGAGCACCACCGUCGGCGACCUCAAGGCUGAUGUCGCACUCGACCAACCUCCCACCGACAGCGUCUCCGACCUGGCUUUCUCGCCCGCGCCCAACGGCCCCGACUAUCUCGCCGUCUCUAGUUGGGACGCCAAGGUUCGCAUCUACGAGAUUGAUGGGAAUGGCCGGAGCCAAGGUCGUCAUGUCUACGAGCAUUCCCAGCCCGUCCUGAAUGUCGACUUUUCCAAGGAUGGAACCAAGAUCGCCUCAGCAGGCGCCGACAAGAACGUCAAGGUCUGCGACCUCGCCUCUCAGCAGGACAUGGUCGUGGGCACGCACGACCAGCCCGUGCGGACGGUCCGCUUCUUCGACAGCGGCAACGGGCCCAUGGUGGUCUCUGGCUCCUGGGACAAGACGGUCAAGUACUGGGACUUGCGGCAGCAGCAGCCGGCCGCGACCCUGACCUGCCAGGAGAGGGUCUACACCAUGGACGUCCGCGACAACCUCUGCGUCGUGGGAACCGCCGACCGGUACAUCAACGUCAUCGACCUCAAGAACCCUACCAAAUUCUACAAGACUCUGCAGAGCCCGCUUAAAUGGCAGACCAGGGUGGUUAGCUGCUUCACUGACUCUGCGGGCUUUGCUAUUGGCAGUAUCGAGGGUCGUUGCGCGAUCCAGUAUGUCGAGGACAAGGACUCGAGCUCCAACUUCUCCUUCAAGUGUCACCGUGACCCCCCCGCCAACAGCGUUACCAACGUCUACGCCGUCAACGAUAUCUCGUUCCACCCCGUCCACGGCACCUUCAGCACGGCCGGCUCCGACGGUACGUUCCACUUCUGGGACAAGGACGCCAAGCACCGUCUCAAGGGCUACCCCAACGUGGGCGGCAGCAUCACGGCCACCACCUUCAACAAGAACGGAAGCAUCUUUGCCUACGCCGUUAGUUACGACUGGGCCAAGGGCUACCAGCACAACACGCAGAGCUAUCCCAUCAAGGUGAUGCUGCACCCCGUCACCAACGACGAGUGCAAGCCCAGGCCGUCCAUGAAGAAGCGGUAG